AUGAAAAACAUGCUGAAGGUCUCGCGAAGGCAUCUUCGCGGCGUGGUGCCAGUUCCUUUUGAAGUAAGCCUUGUUUACGCCCUGAACAAUCAAGGUUCUCCAUGUCGCAGGCCUGAAAGAACGGGAAGGAAUAGAAGAGCUCUCCUGUCAGAGCCCGAGGUUCCUGUACUUCCUCAACUUGCACCCGGAGUGCCAUAUCUUCUUCAGUACAUCUUUCACAUCAGGGCGAUGGAAGUGAAGGCACUCCCGCUCGUCGCCGAUGCCGACACUACGGUGCCGUGCUUCUCAGGUGAAGGCUUAGGGCAUCAAUCACAGUUGGAAAGCUAG